AUGGCGGACAACUGGGAGCAAGAGGAGGAGCGCCUCUCGCAGCAAGCGCAGGGCAUGAACCUCAACAAUGCGCCCACCUUCACCCCCGGAGCGCAGUCAUUCCAGCCCGGCGCGAGCUCUUUCGUGCCUGGCCAGCCCUACGGAGGCUACCAGGGUGGGUACAACCAGUAUGGCCAGCAGUAUGGAGGAUACAACCAGUACGCAAACCAGGGCCAGUACUACCAGCAGCAACAAGGAUACCCUCAAUACGGCCAACAAUAUGGCCAGCAGGGCGGCUACCCCAACUACGGCCAGUACCAGGGCCAGCAGAACUUCCAGCCCCAGCAGCAACAACAAGGCCAGGGCCAGGCUCCUGAGGCACCCAAGGCCAAGGUUCUGUCCAUUGGCGGCGACAGUGCACCAAAGGCCAAGGUUCUCUCUAUCGGUGGCGACACUACUACUCCAAAGGUUGAAAAGGCAGGCGGAACCAAGGUCCUCAGUCUCGGAACACCAGGGGCUCCAUCUGCUGCCAAGGAAAAGGCCGAUAAGGAGAAGGGAACCAUCGACGCUGGAACCAAGGUGACUGCCGCAAAGGCUAUCGAGAAGACCGGAGAACCCACUCCAGCUUCAGCAGGCUCUGGUCGUACUUCGCCAACUCCCUCGUCAGGUCGCAACAGUCCAACCCCCAAAGAGAAGGCCCCUGAAAGGCCAAUCGCCAAGCAACCAGACAUUGAGAACGAAAUCGCCGACAUCGACGAGGCGACUCUCGCCGAAAUCUACGGCAAGGAGCACGUCAACAUCAUCUUCUUGGGUCACGUUGAUGCAGGAAAGUCUACCUUGGGUGGCAGUAUCCUCAUUUCCACUGGCAUGGUUGAUGAGCGAACCCUCGACAAGUACAAGAAGGAGGCAAAGGACGCUGGUCGAGAAACAUGGUACAUUUCAUGGGCGCUCGAUUUGAACAAGGAGGAGCGUGCGCAGGGUAAGACUAUCGAGGUUGGUCGAGGUUUCUUUGAGACAGAGAAGCGACGAUACUCGAUCCUCGAUGCCCCCGGCCACAAGACCUAUGUCCCCAACAUGAUCAGUGGUGCUUCACAGGCAGAUGUUGGUAUUCUCGUCAUCUCUGCUCGAAAGGGAGAGUACGAGACUGGUUUCGAAAAGGGCGGACAAACCCGAGAGCACGCCAUGUUGGCUAAGACACAGGGUGUUAACAAGAUUCUCAUUGUCGUAAACAAGAUGGACGACCCUACCGUCGAGUGGUCAGAGGACCGAUUCAAGGAGUGCACAACCAAGGUCGUAGCCUUUUUGAAGGGUCUUGGAUACAACCCCAAGACUGACAUUAGCAUGAUGCCUGUCAGCGCCCAAACCUUCACUGGAAUCAAGACCCGUGUGCCCAAGGAUCUUGCACCCUGGUACGAUGGACCAUCUCUGCUUGAGUACCUAGACAACAUGCAAGCCCUUGAGCGCAAGCUCAAUGCUCCUUUCAUGAUGCCCAUCGCCGCAAAGUACAAGGACAUGGGCACCAUGAUCGAAGGCAAGAUCGAAUCCGGUAUCAUCAAGAAGGAGAACAAGUACCUUAUGAUGCCCAACCGACAAACUAUUCACAUCUCCGCCUUGUUCGGUGAGCAGGAAGACGAAAUUCCUGGCGCGGCUUGUGGUGACCAAAUUCGCGUGCGAAUCCGAGGUGUGGAAGAAGAAGACAUUUUGCCCGGCUACGUGCUGUGCUCACCUAAGCGACCCGUUCACUGCGUUUCUCAGUUUGAGGCCCAGGUCGUACUUUUGGACAUCAAGUCCAUCGUGACUGCUGGUUUCAACUGUGUGCUUCACGUCCACGCAGCACAGGAAGAAGUCACCAUCAGUGCACUACUCCAUAAGCUCGAGAAGGGCACUGGAAGGCGAUCCAAGAAAGCACCUGGAUUUGCGACAAAGGGCAUGAGCAUCAUUGCACGAUUGCAGAUUACCGGUACGGCUGGAAGCAUUUGCGUUGAGCGUUUCGAAGACUACCCUCAGCUUGGUCGUUUCACUCUCCGUGACCAGGGUCAAACGAUUGCCAUUGGAAAGAUCACCAAGCUCAUCACAGAUCCCGAGGCUUAA